CAGCUUUCUUCAGAUCAUGAGCAAGAUGGAGCCCGCAGAGUCUCAGCAGUUACUCGUAUCCCGUCUCGGGUCUCUCACCGCUCAGCUCACCUCACAGAGAGAGCCCGAUGCCAAAACCGAGACUGAGCUUGUCUCUUUACUAGACGAUAUUGCAACAGUCCUCAAAGAUGAGUCUCACAGGGCAAACCUAGGAGCAACGAAGCUUCCAGAUACUAUAUGUGCUCUGCUGAACCUGCUCUCCACGUCGAGCAACAUAGUCAACCCUGAUGCUGCUCUCAAAGAGGUCGGGAGAGUAUCGGCUAAUCUGGUGGUGCAAAAUGACCCCAAUCGAAACAUAAUGUGUGCCUUGGGGUAUAUCGAUACGGUCCUCUCACCUGCUACGCUCGGACGAGGCCCUCGCCCGUGCGACCACGCUCUCGUUGCGAGCCUUUACAACCUCGUCGUUGAGGGCAAUGGUGAGUGCCACUGCACUAGGGUCCAAGCUGAUAUCUAGAGUCAUGUAUUGCCGCCAUGAGACUCGCGAACAACUUUCGACAGCUCAGUAUAUCGGCAGAGGUUUAUUUCUUGCAUAUCUUGCAACCUCAGCCCUGCACCCCUGAGGACGCGAACGUUUGCAUUUGGCUAUGGACUGUGAUACAACGGUCGACAAGCAGCAACGGGAUCGAACUAGCAUCUGUAUUAGACGAAGAUACCACCUCAAGACUGAUGGCUCCCAUUCGGCAACUAGCAUCUCCCUUAAGCUCCCCUAAUGACUUUCAGCAACAGGAAACCAUGCUGGAAACACUGAAUUUGUCUUGUCAAAUUAUCGAAAUGGUACUAUCCAGCUCGUAUUCUGCUGGCCACCAGGCGCUACUUUUGCCUGGACAAAGACUGGACGUCAUUCUCGACUUUAUCGAGCACGCAGAACCCUCACUACAUGCCUUAGUCGGCGGAGAGAACGGAACUGGAGACGGCUCGGAGGAAGAUGAAGAGCUUGAUCCCGAACAGAGCAUGGGCGAUUCCAAAGCAUACCUCGCACACGGUAUAGUCUCUGUCAGUAGCGAGAUGUCAGAUGUUGCAGAUGCAGCAGCUUUCUGGGCGCGUCUUGGACGAUGGCUUGCAAGCGAUAUAGAAAAGAGAAAGGACCUCGUAGAAUGCGCCCUUCUCGGCAUGGGAAAUAGUGUGAAAGAUGAUGCUAGUGCGCACAGAAUACUCUCGGGAGAUAUUGUCCCCUUCGACUGUAUCAUGAAAAUGCUCCGUCCCGAGACCCCCGCUACCACUCAACAUGCUCUAGUCGGUCUUCUCAGAAAUCUAUCAAUCUCAGUGGAAGGUCAGAAGCUACUAUCUACUCUUGAUGUAGGCGACAAACUGGUGGAUAUGGGAGUAUGGGAUGAAAAAAGAGAUAUGUUGGGAUCUGUUCAGGGCGGAGCAAUUGGUAUUUUCAAAAACCUUUGCAAAGGUCAGCCUGCAACUGCCUCCCAUCUUAUCGUAUGCUACAAAGACCAGCUACUCGCCCUUCUAGACCGUACCAACGAUCAGGCCAUCAAAUUUGAAGGUAUCCGUGUCUUUGUCAAUGUUGCACGCAACCUACCCAAAGGUCUGGACCUCGCGGGAAAGCAAGCACUGCAAGACCAACGCAUCGCAAGGCUUAUGGUUGACAUGCUUUCAAAUGCCUAUGAACACCCUAUCCUUCAAGGAGAGGCAAUCUUGGGCCUUGCGCUGCUGGCCGUGUUUGGCUCUGCAAAAGCUGAAGUAUUGAAGGCUAUGAAUGAGACGUGCCCUGAAAGUCCAGGCAAGACCGGGGAGCAGCAAUUGCGAAACAUCUUGCUGAGCGGUAAGGACAGCCUCAGCGAGGAGAUUCGCCAGAAUGGAGAAACCCUAAUAUCUCUCCUAUCGGGUCAGCAGAAAGUAGAGUAGCCGCAUAUUGAUGAAUGAACAUGAUUUUGCUG